AUGGAGAACGCCGCAGGAGACGAGACAAUAGCAAACGCCGCAGCAGCUCUAUCGUCACUCAAAAAUAGCACCACCUAUUCAGAAUCGACAAUAGGAAGCAUGAUAACAAUCGCGAGAAGAUGCUAUUCAACACUAAAAGACAAAAAGCGAGCUUCUCGCGCUCUUCUUCCUCUUCCUUACAACACCACAAAGUCAGACACACACAUCGACAAAGACCACUCUUCCCUUCUUCCUCUCCUUGAGCAACUCGCGCUGUGCGCUGAUACCUUCCCCCGUUCCUGGCGAACGUUACCAAGUCUUCAUUCAGUCCUUUCCAGACGACACAGCAACUUCAACUUCAACGCCCUACCCCCAUUACUUCAGUCUGAGACUGCAACAUCUACCAAAGCAAAAAUUCCGAUUCUCGAACCAGAUCCAACCAUCAAGAUGUCUGAGUACUACGGUUGCUUCAACGAGCAAGAGCUCUACGGCUUCGACUUCAACUCCACCAACGACUUCUUCACCCCAGGACCAGAUGCAUCUCUCAAUGAUCUGCUGUACGGCGACCAGUCUUUCACCAGCGAUGCAGAGCAGUACUUCACGCAAGAGAUUGAGCCUGUCACCACCUCUGUUUCAGAGCCAGCCAUCACGCCUUUCGAUCUGGGCGUGAUCGAAGAAUUCAACAACAGUUUCGGCAACGACCAGCUCAACACCCCUGCCGAGCAGAACCAGCAGGUCUCUGCCUCAGCCGAUGUCAGCGGCAGCGAUACUGUCGACACUUCUACUGAGCAGUUCAGCGAGCAUGCCACCACUCACACCGAUGCUAAGGACAACGGCACUGACAGCGCUCCUGCUGAGGUGUGCCAGCAUGUCGAUACUCCAGUCGAUGCCAACGACAUUGGCAAGGCCAACUCUGCCGCUGAGCAUCAUGAGCCGGCCAGCACUCUUCCAGCCACUCAAACCACAGCUGAAGUUACGUCUGGUGAUUCACUUUCUCAAGACGCCAGCGACGACACCCAAGAGGUUUCUGCAGAGCAGUAUCAGCCAGUCACUGCCGCCCCUGAGACCUCAACUGCCGACGAUGACCUGUUCGCCCAACUUAUGAGCGGCGAGCAUUUCCCUGCUGAGCAGUACGAACCUGUCUUCCCAUCUUACGCCCACGCACCUGUCCAGGCGUCUGCUGCUGGUCAGUAUGCAGAUGGCAGCAUCAUCGACAUGCAACAGGACUUUGUUGAGCAGUUCCAGCCUGUCUUGCCGGCUGUCGCUCAACCCACCUACCAGCAGGCACACACUAGCCAGCAUGUCUACACCAACAUCUCAGCGUACAACGACAUCAGCGCUCUCAACGCCAUCAACCACAUGGUCGAUACUCGCAAGCAGAGCAUGAAGCCCGUGUAUAGCAUGCGCAACACCAGCACCAACGUGGGUAAUCAGUUUCUGAUGUUGCAAGCCCUCCAACAGCAGCAGGCUCUCCAGAAGCAGCAGCAGGCUCUCCAGAAGCAACAUGCUCUCCAGAAGCAACAGGUCCAGAUGCAGCAGGCUGUGAAAGCUCAGCAGGCCUUCCAGAACCAGCGUUACUCUCUCCCUGCCCCUGCGAAAGCCACAGGCCACUUCACCUUGCCGCCAUUUCCAGCCAUCAAGAAGCGUCACAGCAGCAACAAGGUCAAGACUUCUUUCGAGAGCCCCAUCAUCUUGUCGCCUGAUGCCCACAACCCUCCAGCGGCACCGUUCAUUAAGGCAGAAGAGCAGUCUCCUCCACCACAGCAGGCUCCUCCAGCUCGGCCGCAGUCAUACACCAACACACCACAGCCAACAGCUCCAGCCAUCCCGCCCCUCGGCGCCAACGGCCUCCGCUUCACCUCCAUCGCCCAAGCCCAAGAGUUCGCCACCGCACGCACUCCCCUCAACCUCCCUUCAGACGACUUCGCCGCCAUGGAAGCCAACCCACACCCCUACAUCCACAAGAUCAUGUCGGCCUUCCACGGCCCCCUGCGCUCCGAGCCCGAGAACUACGACGUCACGCGCAUCCGCCUCGAAGACUGGGUACAAUACCAACUCCGCAACGCCGAGCGCGCCCAAAAAAUCACCCGCCAAGACCCGUCGCGCCUCGAACUCGCCGCCUGGCUCAUCUUCGCCGAGCUCAUCGAAGCCCACAAGCUCGGCGUCAAACCCACCUCGACCUCCACUCCCCCCGCAAACAUCCCGAAAUGCUCCCUCCACCUCGAGCAGGUCCUCCGUCCGAUCCGCGACUACGCCAUCUUCCGCUUCGACCUGCUCCGCCUCACGCGCGUCGACGAGCUCGUCAGCAAUGUCGCCGCCGCGACCCAGCGCAAGCUGUCCAAUUUUAAGGGGAAUGGGCGCAAGGCGGGUCGGGAUGUCGAGAAUGCGAAGCGUGCGGCGGAGAUGGGGUUUGAUUAUGAGGCGGUGCUUGGUAGUAAGCGCAAGAGGGGUGAGGGGGAGGGGGAUACGGGUAUGAAGAGGGUGAAGAGGGUUAAGAAGAGUGUUGGUGGUCAGGGUGCGGGUGGUGGGCAGAUGGGGGUGUUUGCUGCUGGUGCUGCUGGUGCUGUCGGUGCUCAGGGUGGUGUUGUUGGUGAUAACCUCCUCCCUCCUGUCCCUGCUGCUGCCGCUGGUGCGCAGCCCCUCGAGUACUACGGCGUGGCUGCUGCUGCUGCUGCUAGCAAUGGUGGCGUCGGUGGUGGUAAGAAGCGCAAGGUAGCCAGCGAGAUUGUCACUCUUGAUUGA